AGGAUAGAGAGAGUGAGGCAGUUCCACAGGCAGACGAUAGAAGCGGAUUGAUCUCUCUCUCGCGCGCGCUGUAGUCGGUCCUGUCUACUGGGAGAUGCUCCAGCGUUCCUGAUUUUUCCGCUCUAACCACCGCUAAUCCCGUUAGAGCUCGUUACCUCCACUGUACUGUUUUCGGUAGAUUGAGGGGGGGUAAAUCGCGUGUCGUCUGUCUGGGAACAUAAGGCUAACCAGGGCUACAGAUCAUCUGGAUCAGAACUUCACGACUAGAAGCACCAGGUCUCCGGUAAAACGAUGGAGGACUUGGAUCUUCCCCAGAUGAAGAGGGAGGUGGAGAGUCUUCAGUACCAGCUGGCCAUCAACAGAGAGAAAUCCUCCAUCACGGUUACUGAGCUGGUGAAAUGGAUCGAGGGGUGUGUGUGUGACGACCCAUUCCUGAACCCAGAGCUGAUGAGGGCCAACCCCUGGGUGGAGAAAGGCAAAUGUGUGAUCCUCUAACGGACACACACACAGAUCCACACACACACACACUGAGACACACACACACACUGAGACACACACACACACAGAUCCACACACACACACACUGAGACACACACACACUGAGACACACACAUGCACACACACACACUGAGACACACACAUGCACACACACACACUGAGACACACACACACUGAGACACACACUGAGACACACACACACACACACAGACACACACACAGACACACACACACACUGAG